AUGUUGAACACCACAACCACAAAAAACCAAAACAACAAGAACCAUGCCAUCAAACCUGCACCCACUGCCAUCCAGACUUCAUGGGCUGAUAGAGUUCGGGUUUCAGACUCUAGCACUAGAUUCAUUUUAGAUCCCAUCCCUCGACAACCGGUGGGGCAUUGCCUUAAGAUCACAGAGCAAAUGUUAUUGGAGAAUACAUCACAAUGGACGAGAUGUAUGGUUGGUUUCUUUCCAGGUUUUAAAAUGCCUUUUCAUGCCGUGAAUACAAUUGCAUCUAGGGUUUGGCGUCCAUAUGGACUUGAGAAUGUAAUGACAACAACCAAUGGCUUCAUGUUAUUUCGGUUUAAAACGAAAGAAGAAUUGCAUGCUGUCCUUGAGAAGGGACCAUGGAUGUUUGGAGGCAAGAACAUUAUCCUUCAACAAUGGCACCCACGUUUCAAGUUUGACAAAAGGAAAAUAUCCACUUUACCAGUGUGGAUCCGUCUCCAUGGACUGCCUUUUCCUCUUUGGUCCAAACAAGGAUUAAGCUUAGCGGCAAUCAUGGUUGGCCGCUCACUUUCUUGUGAUGAACUCACUUAUAGCUGCACCAGGUUAGAAUAUGCAAGACUGUGUGUUGAAAUUGAUGCUGCACUGCCAUUUACUCAUAGUUUUGAGAUUGAUUGUCCUUUAUCUACUGAGCCUAUCACUGUUACUGUGGAAUAUGAGUGGAAGCCAUCUCGCUGUGAAAAAUGCCAACUUUUUGGGCACUCUUGUCCUCCUACAUUAAUCCCAAACCCACCCUCUUCACCAGCCACGAAUGUUCAUCCUUCACUUUCUAAGCCGAUCCCAACACCUACAACAUUGUCCCCCAUUCUAGCUAUGAAUGCUCAGCCUCUCCCAUUACAUGAUCCUCUAAUUAUUGACCAGUCUCCCAAAAUGGCCACUUCAAAUAUGGAUACAAUACCACAAACGAUACCAGCUCCCCACAUCCAACCCACAUUACCCCCCUCCAACACUGCCAUCAUACCACAAAUAUCACCAACACCAUACACCCUGCCCACAAUACCCCUUCUCCCAACCCCACUACCCUUACCAUCACCACCUCAUCCACACACCACUCAUGAUCCCCUGCCAGUUCCACAAGUAUCAGUGGACGACUGUGAAUCUAGCCAAGCUGCAGAUCAUGACUUUUCUGCAUUUGAUAAUCACCACCUCAAUACUGAUGCAUGUGUUGAGAGCAAAAUGGAUUCCUUACGAACCCUUAGUGACACAUCCUCUACUGCUUUAGAAGUAUUGGGAGGCAAUUCACCAACUUCUGCACCCCGCACUGCCAUUGUGUCUCAAUCUCCUUCUCCAUCUCCUAAGACAGUUAGGAAAAAGAAGGGAGGGCGGAAGCGCAAGGAGAAAACUGCCCAUGCAUGGGCAAAAAACAAUAAUCUCGACAUUUUUGGCCUCUUGGAAACAAAGAAACUAAACCUCACCUGCACACAUUCAGCCUCACAAUGGUUGACUUGUGAGGUCACUCAAGUAAGCUCACCUUCACCUAUCAGAAUCACUUUUACUUAUGGCCACAACACUCCCGCUGCCAGGCUAGCUCUUUGGGCAUACAUUAACCAGGAGAGUCAUUCUACUGUUGGCAUCCCUUGGAUUGUGUUAGGUGAUUUUAAUGCCAUCUUGCAAGCAAGUGACCGUUCGGGAGGGGACAAUCAUUGGCCUCGUUAUCAAGAUGAUUUUAAUGCAUGCAUCAAUCAGUCUGAGCUACUGCAAGUUCCAUACUCAGGCCUUAAAUAUUCAUGGCACAAUGGUCAACAUGGAGACAACACCAUUCAAAAGAAACUGGACUGGAUAUUUGGCAACCCUUGUCUAUUUUCAAUGUGGCCUGCAACAUAUGCAACAUUCCAACCUCGAACCAUUUCAGAUCACAAUGCAAUGGUAUUACAUCUUCAGUGCCACAACCACCCUCGCAGAUCUCCAUUCCAAUUUUUGAAUGCUUGGGCUGACCGCAAUGACUUUCUUUCCAUUGUCCACGACUCUUGGUCCCUCCCUGUAACUGGCAAUCCCAUGUUCAAAUUGACAACAAAAUUGCAGCGUCUGAAGCUUCCACUAUGUAAGCUACACAAACAACAUAGAAGUUCUAUCACCAGUAGAGUUGCCCAAGCUAAAGCUGCAUGGGUUGCAGCACAAUUCACUCUUGAUGAGAACCCUACACUACAGGAUGCUAGAGCUGCUGAACGACAUCUUGCAUUAAAAUACAUGCAGUUAUGCAAAGAUGAGGAAUCCUUCUUCAAGCAAAAAUCUAGAGAUGAGGAUGGCAACAUAAUACAUGAUCAGCAGGAAUUAGGGAACACGGCUUCCAAAUAUUUUCAACGUCUUCUUACAGCUCCUAGUUGCACACAAACUGCGGAAGUUGUGAACAUAUUCCCUAAUACAAUAUCAGAAGCUUCAAGCACAGCUUGCACUGCCCCUAUCACCAAUGAAGAUAUUAAAUCUGCUUUGUUCUCAAUCCCUGAUAAUAAGUUAAAGGAAGCUCUCACUGAUGUCAUUGGUCUCUCUCAAUCCGCUUUCUUACCUGGCAGAAGCAUUUCGGAUGCCAUUCUUCUCACCCAAGAACUCAUGCAUAAUUAUCAUCUCAACACAGGACAAGGCCGGUGUGCUUUGAAAAUUGAUCUGAAAAAAGCAUUUGACACUGUUAGUUGGGAGUAUAUUAUUGCCAGCCUUACUGCUAUAGCCAUUCCCCAGGAGAUGAUCAACUGGAUUACAACUUGCAUCACCUCAGUUCAUUACACCAUAAGUCUUAAUGGUGACAUGCAUGGUUUCUUCAAAGCAACACGAGGUAUUCGGCAAGGAGAUCCUCUAUCGCCAUACCUCUUUGUCUUGGCGAUGGAAGGCUUGGGAGGCAUAAUUCACCGUGCAGUUCAAGCUCCCACAUUCAAGUAUCAUUGGAGGUGCAAGCCAACUAAUUUAACUCAUCUUAGUUUUGCAGAUGACCUCAUGCUAUUCUGCCAUGCUGAUCUUGGAUCCAUAGAGGUGUUGAAAUCAAGCUUAGCCAAGUUCUCAUCCAUCUCAGGUUUAUCCAUCAACCAUGCCAAAAGCAAGCUUUAUAUGUCUGGCAUUGAUGCCAAUUUGCGAACCACAAUUGCAGACUUCCUGGGAAUACAGGAGACCACUCUGCCUGUAAAGCAUCUAGGUGUUCCUCUAAUAUCCACCCGACUUACCCAUGCAGAUUGCACACCUCUGGUUGAGCGAAUAACUGCAAGAAUUAAGCUGUGGACAUCUAUUUCUCUUACAUAUGCGGGUCGGCUACAACUGAUCAAAUCCAUCUUGUUUUCUAUUCAAGUUUACUGGUCAUCUAUCUUCAUACUUCCAGGUGCAACUAUAAAGAAGAUUGAGAGUAUUAUGGCAGCUUUCCUGUGGAAAGGCACGACCCUAUCUACAGCAGGGGCAAAGGUUGCAUGGAGCUCCGUCUGCUACCCACUACAGGAAGGAGGCUUAGGCAUCAAACGUCUAAAAGCAUGGAACAGGGCAGCAAUCAUCAAACAUAUAUGGCGUUUACUCACUCAAACCGAAUCCAUAUGGACAUCCUGGGUAACAACACACUUGCUUCGUGGCAGAUCAAUAUGGCACAUCAACAUCCCAUCUAAUCCAUCUUGGUCAUGGAGGAAAAUAUUGGAGAGCCGAGAAUGGUGUAGAGGGUGGUUCAUCACAAGCAUUGGCAAUGGAUCCUCAACAUCUCUAUGGUAUGAUUACUGGCUACCGGAUGGAAAGAGGCUCAUAGAUUCCCAUUCAAUACGAACUCUCACAUCUACAGGGCUACCAUGGACAGCGAGAGUUUCAGCUAUCAUCAACGGAGGGCAAUGGAACUUUCCUUGGACAUAUCUCUACUGCAUGCAACAUGGAACUCCAUCCUCUUCCAUCCCAAAAUCUACACAGACGAUCACUGCAUAUGGAAGGGACAUCCAUCAGGGACAUUCACCGUAG